GUUCGCCAUAUUGCUGCAACCGCUGCUCGCGCUCAAUGAGCAAGUGUCGAAAAGAUAAGCCCAACCUGUUCGGAAUACCUGCCUGCCGAAGGCAGAAGACUCACGGUUCAGAAUCGAUUUAAUUGUCCAUUGAGGCACACUCUUGUCGGGCGUGAAGUGAAGUCGGAGGUGGAAAAAGGUGCACCAACAGAAAACGGAAGUGCCUCUCACAGAGCAUACGUCUAGUUGCCGGAUAGGAUUAGUAUCGAAAGCAGCACCCACAUCUGGACAAAAUGGUGUCCGCCGAAACGAUUGGUUCGAUAUUCAUCAAAGUGUUCAAAUUGGCACUGAACCUGGUGGUUCUCAUCAUCUACCGGACCGGUUACGGGGGUGACUUCCUCGGUGUCGGUGGCACAUGGAACCUGAACGAGGAGAAAAAUCCCGACGCGGAAAUUGUGGCCUCCGGAGUGUUUGUCGGCUACUUCAUCUACACCUCGGUGCAGCUGAUUACGUUCUGCUUCGGUACGACCAAGCUGAAGCGCGAGCUAUCGGACACAAUCAUGAACGUGGUCGGUACGUUCAUGUGGGUCGCCGUCGGGGGCACCGCACUGCACUACUGGCACGGCUAUCUGGCGGAACACGACUUCCAGCACAUCACCUCGGAACGAACGGCCGGACUUGCCCUGGGAUCGCUUUGCGUUGUGACCGGUGCCCUCUACCUGGCCGAUUCGGUCCUGGCGUUCAUCCACUACGCCAAGCACGAGAACAGCAAGUACUAAGAGGAGACUGUGGACUGCGGAAACGCGGUUGGUCCACAGGUGUGACUGGUCGGUUGUGAGCUUGAAAUAUUGCACCCGGUGCAAUCAAGAUUUUCCCCCAAAAAAUGCGCUGGAAGUGUCCCCGUGUUGUAGUUAAUGUUAAGCAUAAGUAAGGUCCAAAAGAAGAGGAAAAACUGUCAUAUAUCAUAGGUACCGUAAGCUGUAAGAGUUUUAAAGAUAAGAAGAGGCGAAACGUUUACCUACUUUAUGCCUUUUUGCUUGGUGGGUGGCACAAUUACCAAGACAAAUGGCAAAUAACGACAUUUUCUGUAAGUAUUCUACAAGUAUAAAUACAUGUGUAUAGGCGUAGCAGUAAGAAACCGUGAAAAUGCAAUGUGCCGAAUUUCAUGCGGAGAAAAGCAAUAGACCCGGACAAUUCAAUGUAAAGAAUAAAAGCCAUAUUGAACAAAGCUAUAUUUCAGGAUAAAAUCAGAAUAUCAUUUACCAAUAAACACCGUUUGAUAUAAAA